CAACAUUAACGCUGUUCAACUAUUCAUUUGGAUAGCAAAGUGUCAGGAAGCAUACAUUUGUGAGAUAAAGUGGAAAACUUCUACAAAAAAAUGGCAUCGGUUAAUCUGACAACUGACACAGCUCAUCCCAAAAUGGACCUUUAUGAACUGAACAUGUAUGAAGCCCUACGUCGACUUCCGGUUGUUCUAUUUAUAGGUGUUUUGGCGUUUGCAGGGAUCAUCGGGAACCUACACGUACUUUACAUAUACUGUACGUUUUUCAAACCUUCAACAUACCGAGUGUUUGUCUUGUUGCUUUCAAUCAUAGACUUGCUGUGCUGUUUGGUCUCGAUGCCAUUUGAAAUGAUAGAUGAAAUAUUCCCCUUUUCAUAUUCUGAAAUUAUUUCAUGUAAAAUAUUCAGAUUUAUCAAUACUGCGAUUGCAGUUGCAUCAGCGUUCACAUUAGUUCUAAUAGCGUCUGAGAGGUAUCGAAGGAUCUGCCGUCCCUACGAUACACAGAUGUCUGAAACAACAGCUAUCUAUUCGUCUCUUGGUGUGGUUGUGGCCGCGUUGGUGUUCACGUUUCCCGCCCUAUAUGUGUACGGGAGAAAAACACUUCCUGACCUUCCAGUUCCCGGAUAUAAUGUAUCUGUAUACAAUGUCACUGGGUUCGAAUGCACUUGGGGGGAUCAUAUGGAGGGCUCAGUUUUCGGUUACAUCUACUAUACGUGGGUGCUUAUGUCUGUUGUUGGGCCCAUGAUAGCUCUUGGAGUGCUUUAUAGUAUUAUAGGUGUGAACUUGAAAAAACACAACGAUUUCAUGAGAGUCACUUUGCGAAGUAAAAACAAAAGCGAAGCUAACCCCAGUCAAUCUUUGACAUGUGUAUCUGAUACAGAACAACAGAACCGUAUUUCAACGAACGAUAGGAAUGUUGAGAACGCUAACUCCUCAGUCGGGAGUAAAGAAUUCCUUCUAACGGAAGCCAAUAUGCGUCAUGUGACCACAGAGGUCAAAAACGGAUCAAGUAAGCCCGGAAGUAAUCUAGCUGUACCUCAGUCAUCUCUAGACAACAUUUCAGGAAGAAGAAUUUCCGACCGUAAGUCAUCAAAUGAAAGUUCUAACUCUGCACAAACAAAUCGUUCAUCGCAGAAUCCCCUGAGGCCCAAAGAGACAACAAUCAGUGAUAAAGAGCAAAGAAUAACAAAAGUACUAUUUGCGAUAACAAUGCUGUUUAUCUGCAGCUUUCUACCUUAUAUUAUCAUUAUGAUUGCCUUUUUCUCCGACUCGUCCUAUUCGGACGGUUUGAACACUACAGAACUAGUACUUUAUCUUAUAAGCUUCAGACUCUAUAUGAUCAACAGUGUAGCGAAUUCCUUGUUCUACGGGUUCUUUGAUACAAAGUUUAGAAAACACGUGAAACGGUUGUACCAAUUAUUCUACGACUGUUGUAAAAGUCGAGUCGGUGCAAAGAAGGUAUAGAAGAUAACCAAAUAUCCUUAUACUACAUAAAUCCGGCACUUUAAAGGUUAGCAAAACAUUUAUAUUAUACUGUGAUGGUGUCUACUGACAAUUAAA